AUGGACACCAUAUCUGCCGUUCAAACCUCGGUGUUGUCUCGGUCAUGGAACCGGGUGUGGAAACAUGUCCCUGUCCUGGAACUGUGCCGCCUUUCCUUCUACGAGUAUUUGAGUUUCCUGUUGUUUGUCUCGGAGAUUUUGGACCUCCGCUAUGACCUUAGUCUCCGCAAGUUGAGCUACAUGGACAACUAUAGGCAUAGGCAUGAGAGGGGUGCAGUUUCGAGAUGCCGGCGCCGCUGCAUACGAGUCUUGUUCCUCUGUUACAGAUGCCGGCGCAGGAGAAAGAAUAGCCGAGCGAGCGGCAACGACGCGGAACGAGGACGGCAGAGCUAG